GCGUGUAUCUGCACAAUUGAUUGGCAUGAGGUUUAUUAUUUAUUAUUAUAUCGUUUUUAUGAACAGCGCGUAAUCGUCAAAUCGUCUAUGCCUCGGAAUAUUUUAUCAUCUAUCGACUCGGAGAUCAUUCAUAGAGGACAUUUUAGUUGAUGCACCAUCAUGAUGUCACUUCUGGCCCUUAUCAUGAACCUUUGAUUGGCUGUCAACGAGUACCAAUGCCCUCCAUCGACCAUUUGAAACAGGGGUCAGCAGACCAAGAUGAGGCAGAAGUCAAUGGCCAACAUCAAGGGUCACUGCAGAAUCAGAAUCACUACAUGUGUGGCUCUGUUGCAGCGUUCACCAACAUAGCCAUCACAUUUCCCAUGCACAAGGCAUUGUUCCGCCAGCAGCUGUUUGGUUUGCGGGCUUUGGAAGCUGUGCGGCAACUCCAGAAGGACGGCUUACGUACUCUAUACCGUGGCAUCCUCCCUCCCCUGCUCCAGAAAAGCAGCACCAUUGCAGUUAUGUUCGGACUCUAUGAGGACUUCUCCCGGUUGUUACGGCUACAUGCUCCUCUAGCCCCCGAACUGUUGACACAGAGUGUCGCAGCAAUUCUGGCAGGAACAGCUGAAGCUAUCUUCACCCCGUUUGAGAGGAUACAAACUCUUCUCCAGGACCCGCGGCAUCAUGGAAACUUACAAAACACUGCGCAUGUUUUCCGGAUGCUGCUACAGCAACAUGGUAUUCAAGAGCUUUACCGUGGCCUUGUCCCAAUCCUACUGAGAAAUGGCCCUAGCAAUGCUUUAUUCUUUGGCUUGCGUGGACCAAUUAAAGAGCUCCUUCCCGAGGUGGAGACUAAGGCUGGGCAUUUGGUUAAUGACUUCUUAUGUGGAGGGAUUCUGGGAGCAGGCCUUGGUGUGUUGUUUUACCCUCUAAAUGUAGUUAAGUCUCACGCACAGGUGCAGAUUGGUGGGGAGUUUAAGUCCAGCAGGGUGAUAUUGGCGACUAUUUUGAAAGAGAGGGAUGGGAAGGUGAACCGCCUCUUUCGGGGUGUACAUUUAAACUACCAGAGAUCAAUUAUCUCAUGGGGAAUUAUAAAUGCUACAUAUGAGCUUUUACUGAAAAUGUUCUGAUUUAGACGUUUUAAUAGAUGGAAAUGCACACCAAUGUUUUCCCUUAUUGUUUAAAGGGGUCAAAUCAUACCUAUCUCCUUUUUUUGAUGGAAAUUAAACACUUCUGUAUGUAAACGUCCUCUUUGCAUUUGAAAUGAGUAACAGCUAUUUGCUCAGUUUUUUCAGUGUUAAAGGGAUAAUUCACCCAAAAAUGAAAAUGUUCUGAUAAUUUACUCACCCUCAUGCAAUCGCAGAUGUGUAUGACUUCCUUCAGCAGAACACAAAUGAAGAUUUUUAGAAGAAUAUCUCAGCUCUGUAGAUCCAUACAAUGCAAGUGAAUGGUGAUCAGACAGUUGUAGCUCUGAAAAUCACAUAAAGGAAUCAUAAAAGUAAUCCAAGUGACUCCAGUGUUUAAAUCCAUAUCUUCAGAAGUGAUAUAACGUGAUAUGUGUGAGUGAGAAACAAAACAACAUUUGAGUUUUCUCUAAAUCUCCACUUUAACUUUAACUUUUGGAUGUGAAAGUGAAACUAAACUGGCACCACAUGUGACUUUCAGAUGUAAAAGUGGAGAAUCUGGAAACCAAUAAACACAGGAGUUAGUUUGGUCCUUGUGGUCUCUGUUGCUUUUGUGUGGUAACAGAAGCACCCCAUCUGAGCCAGAGUUCUUCAUGCUUUCAUUACCCACUAAAGCUAGAACAGAUUUUUGCAGAGCCAUAAGCAAUGAUUUGGCCAUGUUUGCUUCCUUCUUCUCAUGCACUAAAGAGUGAGACCACAGACCUUGGUUGAGAGACUUUGGAUGAUAUUGGUCAUCUCUGUAGAUGCAAUUCUGUGCACUUUUGUUGAACUGGCACACAUUUGUCUUUAUGCUGUGUGAAGUGUGGCUUCCAGUAAGUGUUUCGGCUGCAGACAGCAGUGUGAAUGCUUUAGUUUUAAACAGUCAAACGUUUUCUGUUUCAUUAAUUUCCAUUCAUACACAUGCAAAAAGUUCAAGUUUGGUGAACCCUUACAGUCAAAAGAUGUUCGACCAAUAGAGGAUCUAAAUGUCACAAAUGGACCACUUGGCUAAAAUGGAGGACACACUCAUUUUAGCAGUUUCACUUCAUCUGUAGGCCUAUCUAUUACAAAUGUAAAAGAAUGAAUGAGUGUGAGAUAAGUACAAAUAUUGUAAACAAUUACUGGUUUUAUUCUUUUUAUGGUAGGUGUUUUUGCAGAAAACUGCUUGUAAAUUGAGUGAUGGUAUAUUAAUCUCCCGUAGACCUCUUAUGAAGAAACACUCCUCGCACCUAGGUAGUUGCAGGCAUCUAAUAUAUGAAAAUCAAAAGAGGAAAUUAUAUUUUUCCCAUACAAAAUAACAUGAGUGCAUCAUAAUCUUCACUAAAACAUAAAGGCUUCUAUAAGACAGUGUAUAUUUAACCGCAGCCUUUAUAUGUGUGAAUGGUCCACUGAAUGCUAGCAACGUUUUCUUUCCCCCAAAUCACACUUUGCAAGAAACAGACGUUGUGAUAAUACUGUAUCACCACUGUCAUUGCUCGAACAGAUAUUAUGCACAUGACAAUCUCAGUUAGUUCUGUAUCUUUGGUGUAAUGCAACGCUGGGGUUAAUUAGUAUAUUCUUUUAAAUGUGAUUUGUGUCUUGUGAUAUGAGUCUUAUUGCUAUCUUAACCUCUUAGACUGUUUCUGUGUGUAUGUGUGAUGUGAGGUGUUGUUUAAAUGCGUAGUUGCUGUUUUAAUAAUGGUCUUUCUGUGAAUACAAUCAGACAUUUGUAAGCCAUAUAACCCAGCAUGGAUUUGUGAUAUUUUAAAGAAUUGUCAUGUUCAAAUU